AAUCGGAGGUUACUUUUCGACUUUAGAGUCUCAUUGGUUUGGCGUUUGGUCCCUCCGGCCACCCGAAAAGCUAGUUCCUUGCUGCUUAGUUUUACAUUUACCAUUAAACUUCUCGCAAAUUGCGAUCGCCGGAAAUUUAGCGGGAAAGAGAUGCCGGUCCGAGUAGAGAGCUCAGCGCCUUCUCCGAUUUCAAGUGCUGAUGCUAGGCAGACCUCUCCUCAAGCUUGUACGCUGUUGAGUGUGGGGCAGGCGUUUUCCGGUACUCAGAACGUGUCUAAUAAUCAAAAGGAUGAGGCAUGGAGGGUGAAUGUACGAAUACAGGGGUUGGACCUUGAACAUGGGUAUCUCUGUGGCACGAUGGAGGCUCUUAAUGUUCCCAUGGCGGAUACACCGGUAGUAACCUUUUGGGAAGGAGAGAUUGUGGAUGGCAAGAAUUAUAAUUUCUUCACUGGAAAAUGGCAAGCAGCACCAGAAGAUGAUAUAAGGCACUGGACCAAAUUUCCGUCAUUUUCGCCCCUGAUGAGCCAGGUGGAAGUUGAUGGUGGAAAAUCUUUGGAUCUUAGUAAUUAUCCAUGCAUAUUUAUGAGAUGGAAAGAGCAAUAUUUCGUGAAUGUUGGAACCGAUUGUGGGUUAACCAUAGCUGGCUUCUAUUAUGUUUGCUUCUCUUGUAGUGAUGGUUCCAUCAGCGGCUUCUACUAUGACCCUAAUACCCAUUUCAGAAGCUUGAGCUCAAAUCCACAAAUGAGGGAAGAUCGGGUUUCAGCUUCUCAUCGUACGAGUUGCGAUGACCUAAAUGGAAAAUUCGGUAUUCCAUUAAGGUUGGUUUCACUUUUAGCUAUAUGUGAAUUUCCAUGGUUACCUCUCAAAGUUAAGGUGCGAUAUCGAGAUUUUGCUUCAACACUUGGAGAUCUACAGAGAAAUUUAAUGGGAAAGGCCCCCGUGUACCUAGUUUUGUUUAUGAAAAUUCUGGUUCCCCAAAGUUACAGGAUUGAAGACGCAAGCCACAGCAGUUGUAUCUAAAGUUGAUCUUAACCCUUUCCCAUUUUGUAAUUUACUGGAACUCAAGUUGUUUCCCACUGCAUUUAGAACUUUGUUCCCUGUGCCUCUCUGAAUGUAUGUAUUGGGAUUGGGAUUUCCUUUUUGUUGCUACCAUAUUCAGUAAGAACUUUUGAAGAUUGGAUCUGUGGGAACAAUAAUGACAAAUUGCAAAAACGAACAACCAUUUAUGAAUAACUGUUGGGUCA